GGUUUCCUCCUCUCUCUGGUGAUUGCGACGAGAGAUGGGCGUGCUUUUGGGGCUCUUCACGUUAAAAUUAGAAUGAGCUGUUGUGACGUCGGUAUUGAGCUAAGCCGUAGCGGACGACUCGGCAUUGGUAUUGUCUACGCGAGUUUUUUUUAACGGACACCCAAUGCGCGGUGUGCGGGCGUUUUUUUUGCACUCCGCCUCUUUGGGCACACACCCGAGAAUGAAGCCUGUCACCUCGUUCUCAGCGUGGAAACUGCCUAGCGUCGAAGCCACCGUGGCGGGCUGCUCUUCGCAGGCGGUGACCCUUGUACACAGAUUGAAGCUGGACGACGGCAGUCCAGGGCUCAUGGCGCCGCCGAUGGAACUGGACAUUGGGCUGACCAGGGAGGAAAUGGGAGAGAAGUCCCGCAUGGCUUCCAGCGUGCUCUUUGGUGGCGGGAGUUGCCAGCGUUUCUUCUUCGGCUUCGGAGGCGGCAGCAAGGAGUGGCCAGAGCCUUUGGAUUCAUUGGUCAAACUUCUGAGGCGCAGCGUCUUCACUCUGGCCGCGGCGGGCGCUGGGUCCACGCAGUUGGCAAGAUUGAUGCUUGACGACCCUCUGCGAAAUGGCAAGUGGGACGCCGAUCACGCGCCGUCCGCGUCGCAUUAAA